CAAUCUCGUUAACUUCUAUUCCGGAUCGCUAUUUAUAGCAGUGCAAGAAGCGAUCCGUAGGGAAGGAAGAAAGACGACAAGAGGCCCGAGCGAAAGCAGUGCAUAGCGGAGAGAAGAGAGAGAGCGAGAGAGAGAUGGUGGUCAUGGAAGCGGCCGCUAUAGCCACCAGGUUUCUCAACCCAAGCCCUAACCCUAAUUCUAUCAGUAACCCGGUUCUCCGAACCGUUCCAUGCCGACGCCGGCAGCCGCGGCUCCUCGCAGUGCGCUGCGUCCAGACACCCAGCCCCAGCCACAACCCCAACCCUGCCCGUGGCCCCCCGUUCUCCUGCUCCGCCGUCGCCUCUGACCAGGCCGCCCCCGCCGGCAUCCCCCGCCAUCGCCUCGCCCGCCUGGUGGACGAGUUCCGAUCCCUCCCGGAGGCACUGGACCGAGUGAAGCGCCUCCUCGUGUGCGCCGCUUCGCUACCGGCCUUCCCCGAGGCCGGCAGGGUCCCGGCCAACCGCGUCAUGGGCUGUACCGCCCAGGUCUGGCUCUCGGUGGCGGUGGACGAGCUCGGCCGCAUGCGAUUCGCGGCCGACUCCGAUUCGGAGAUCACCAAAGGUUUCUGCGCUUGCCUUGUCUCCGUGCUCGAUGGGGCGCUACCGGAGGAGGUACUGGAGUUGAGGCCGGAGGAUUUUGGCGACCUGAACGUGGUCGGAUUGCCGGUAAAGGCACACUCGAGGAUCAACACGUGGCACAACGUGCUUAUCAGCAUGCAGAAGAGGACCAAGGCCUUGAUUGCCAAGAGAGAAGGGCGGCCGUCUUUGGAUCCAUUCCCGUCGUUGGUCAUCGGGGCUGAUGGGAUUGAGGCCAAGGGGAGCUACGCGGAAGCUCAGGCAAUGUUUUUAUCUCCUGAUGAACUGAAGAUACAGGAGCUGGUGAAUGUGCUAAGGGAAAAAAAAAUUGGUGUCGUUGCACACUUUUAUAUGGAUCCAGAGGUUCAAGGCGUUUUAACUGCUGCGCAGAAGUUGUGGCCUCACAUCCACAUAUCUGAUUCCUUGGUAAUGGCAGAUAGGGCUGUUAAAAUGGCAGAAGCUGGUUGUGAGUACAUUACAGUACUUGGUGUGGACUUCAUGUCUGAAAAUGUUCGUGCAAUACUGGAUCAGGCUGGUUAUAAUAAGGUUGGUGUGUACAGAAUGUCCAAUGAAUUAAUUGGUUGCUCUUUGGCGGAUGCAGCAGCAAGUCCAUCAUACAUGAAGUUCUUGGAGGCAGCCUCUAAUUCACCUCCUUCAUUGCAUGUGAUUUAUAUAAAUACUUCCUUGGAGACCAAAGCUUAUGGACAUGAACUAGUACCCACCAUCACUUGUACUUCAUCUAAUGUUGUGCAGACUAUAUUGCAGGCAUUUGCUCAAGUACCAGAAUUAAAUGUGUGGUACGGUCCUGAUUCCUACAUGGGUGCAAAUAUCGCGGAGUUGUUUCGCCAAAUGGCUGACAUGACUGAUGAUGAGAUAUCAAGAAUACAUCCAGAGCAUAAUAGGAACUCCAUAAUAUCAUUACUGAGUAGGCUCCGUUACUAUCAGGAUGGUAACUGCAUUGUGCACGACAUGUUUGGUCAUGAAGUCGUGGAGCGGAUCAAAGAGUUGUACUGUGAUGCAUUCCUGACAGCUCAUUUUGAAGUCCCAGGGGAAAUGUUCUCUUUGGCAAUGGAAGCAAAGCGGAGAGGAAUGGGAGUAGUGGGUUCCACCCAGAACAUUUUAGAUUUCAUUAAAAAUCGGGUGCAAGAAGCCUUGGACAGGGAUGUCGAUGAUCACCUACAGUUUGUGUUAGGAACCGAAUCAGGGAUGGUGACUUCCAUAGUCGCUGUGGUUCGUGGGUUACUGGGUUCAAGGGAGUCGAGAGCCAAAAUCAAAGUUGACAUUGUUUUUCCCGUCUCAUCGGAUUCAGUGUCGAGGACAUCAUCGAUAAAUAGGUCUCAGGGUCUAAAUCCUGAUGUGGCAAGUGAUCUUGCUAAACUUGCUGUUGUUCCUGGUGUGACAGCGGGUGAAGGGUGCUCUAUUAAUGGAGGUUGUGCUUCUUGUCCGUAUAUGAAGAUGAACUCACUAACAUCGCUGUUGAGAGUAUGCCAGCAACUUCCUGACACAGAUGGUGCUAUUCGUGACUAUGAAGCCAACAGAUUUAAUACGACAACACCUCAUGGAAAGUCAGUUGCAGAUAUUGGAUGCGAACCAAUUCUGCACAUGAGGCACUUCCAGGCAACAGGAAAGUUACAUGAGAAGCUCAUCCAUCAGAUACUUGGUACUUCUAAUGAAACAACAGUAUCAACAUGACUGAUGUCUCAAGAUUUAAUGAUCUAAGGCUUGAGUUCGGGUAGGAUGCGUACUAUGCUCCACCCAAGUUUUGGUAACGAUGCAUAAUACGUCAAUGCUUAUACCGUGGAUCAUACAGGCAUGUCCAAUAUAUUUUCUCUCAGCUUUGCCAAUUUCAUAAUGGUUAUCGAUCUUUCUCAAGAAUAUUUACUUUUUAAGUGCUAGAUUUUGUGGGAUCAAAGAAUGUAUGGUUAUCUAUUAGAGAGGAAAUUGGCAUGUAUCAAUCAAUUUUCCUCGAAACUAUAUGACACAUUAUUUACACGGUGAUCAUCUUUUUGAUACAACUUAUCUCUAUCAAUUCAAAUAUCUCCUGCUUGUUUGUUUGA